GUGUUGGCAAUGUUGAUUUUGAUUUUUAAAAAACCUAAUUUCAGUCCCUCUCUCUCUCUCUCUCCCUCUCCCUCUCCCCUCGAUAAUCUUCAACGCCUGAAUUUCAAGCUGGCUGUGAGAGAAUCAAGAUCCUGACCUUCCCAGCGCGCGCCGUGCUUCUUGCAGUCGAUUUUAUCCUAAUUCGAUCAAUUUGAUCAUCACUCUCAUGGCGAUAAUUUAUGCGCUGGUGGCGAGGGGAUCGGUGGUUUUGGCUGAAUUUUCUGCAACUCCGACGAAUGCAAGCUCGAUUUCUCGCCAAAUACUCGAGAAAAUUCCGGGAAACGAUGAUUCUCAUGUUUCCUACUCGCAAGAUCGGUAUAUCUUUCACGUCAAGCGUACCGAUGGCCUUACGGUGCUCUGUAUGGCCGAUGACACUGCCGGAAGGAGAAUUCCUUUUGCAUUCCUUGAAGAUAUUCAUCAGAGAUUUGUAAGGACAUAUGGCCGUGCAGUUCAUUCAGCCAAUGCUUAUGGCAUGAACGAUGAGUUCUCAAGAGUUCUGAGUCAGCAAAUGGAAUACUACUCCAAUGACCCAAAUGCUGAUAGGAUCAACCGGCUGAAAGGUGAAAUGAGUCAGGUGCGAAAUGUCAUGAUAGAGAAUAUUGACAAAGUUUUAGAGAGAGGUGACCGUUUGGAGCUGCUUGUGGAUAAAACUACUAAUAUGCAAGGAAACACCAUGCGAUUUAGAAAGCAGGCUCGACGUUUCAGAAACACAGUAUGGUGGAAAAAUGUUAAGCUCAUGGUAAUGCUAAUAAUCCUCCUCCUAGUGAUUGCGUACUUGGUGCUGGCUUUUGUUUGUCAUGGAGUCACAUUGCCUACAUGCCUAUAAUGAAUGAGAACAACAAUUUGGCCUAUGAUAAUAUUACAUAGUUUGGUUGCUCCCUCUUGUUUUGCAUUGAUUUUCCACCGCUGUGUACGUUGCUCGUGCACUAAUUUAUGUCGAUUCUAUAAACUCAGCUUGUUUUUGUACUCUCCCUGUGUUUUCCUCAUCAUAAUAGGGUGCUGAUGAUUUGGAUUAUACUUGUUCGUCUUCAGAAGCCAUGGCUUUGAUCGGACAUUGUAAGUAAAUUCUUAAGAUGAAUCUAUAAUCUUUUUAUACAGAGUGAAGUUUAGCUUUGUUUGCCCA